UUCAUCGCACCAGCCACAGUUCGAACAAUUUCGAAAGUCGACUGUCAUUUGAGUUCUUCGGGUCUUGGCGGUGACUUUUAAAAAUCCCCAGGAGCGGAUUAGAUUCAAAUUUCAGUUUUUUUCGUUUCCAGUAAAGUUUGAUUUUCUUUUCUAAAUUUCGCGAAAGUUCGCUUCGAAGUCUUGAUCGGGGUCACGUGCCAGCGAAUCGCGGAAGGGCCAGCGGGAUUUAGUGCGAAAUGUCGGGAGACGUGCAGCCGCGUAAAAGGAAGGACAAAAAGAAGAUAAAAAGAGAUUCUCUCGACUCCAAGUCAGAGGGUGAUGUAUUUACACGCAAAGCAAGCUUAAAAGACGAGGAAGACGUGAAAGAGCAUCAUCAUGGAGUUCAUGCAACAAAAAUGGGCAAAGACGAUGUGCAUUUACACGUGCAAUCUGAUCAUGCUACUGGAGGUCAUUGGUGUGCCAAAAUAUUCUUUUUCUCAUUAUUAGCAAUCCUGUUCGGUUUAGUUGGCAUAAUUAUCUUGGAGAAUCGAGGAUCGUCGGACUUGGAUACACCCCUUUCAGAAUCGCGAUUCUCAGAAUAUUUUGAAGGUUGGGUCGAUGAGCACCGGGCAUCGCAUGAUGAUCAUGGGCCUAAAACUGGAAUAGAUGACCACGAUUCGGCACCAUUUGAAGAGGAAGAAGAUCAUUCUGAGCAAGACGAUGAAGAAGCGCAUGACAUUAGUCAAGGAGAUAGUCAUGAUGAAGAAGAUGACGAUCAUGGCGAAGAAGAAGAGGAACUUGCAAAGAGUAAUGAAGAUGAAGGUGUUGAUAACAGUCAGGCAAAUGAUGAUGAAGAUGAUGAAGAAGAAGAGGAGAGAGAGGAAGUAGAUGAUGAAAAUGAGGACAAUGAAGAGGAUGACGACGAAGCGCCUGACAGCAGGAACGUUGAAGAAGAGACUGCGUACUCCCGUAGUAAAAGAGAUAUAAAAAUGGAAGAUGAAGACGACAAUGAUGACGUCGAUGAAGGAUUUGAAGAUGAUGCAAAUAACAGUAAUGACAAUGAUGAUGAUAAUGAUCAAACCAAUGAGGAAGAUGAUGACAACAACCAGAACAGUCCAAAUGAAGAAGUUGACACUAUCGAACAAAAUGACGACGAUGAUGAUAAUCCAGAAGACGAUCAAGAUGCACCUUUUGAAGAGAGUAGUACUAACAAGCCAAAUGUGGCAGAGAAUGCUAAAAAGGAAACCAUUUCACCAGUGGAGGAGGAAAAGGUGGUUAUCAAAAAUGUUGAAGAUCAAACAGACCAAAACGAGAAAGAGAAAGGUAAAGAAAGCAAACCUGAAAUCGUUGAACAACCUUCAACUGAAAAACAGAAUCUCCCGUCUAAAGUUGCGGCUGGUAAGGGACAGGAAGAUGAUGACUUUGACGAUGACGAAGCAUCCCUUGAGAAGGUCGUAGACAAUGAUGCGGGAGAGGAGCUUCACCUACGGCAAAAAGCUGAACAAGAAGAGCUCGCGGCAAAGGCCGCUGCGGUACAAGAAGAGGAGGAAUCAGAAUCUGCUCCCAUUGCCGUUAAGGUUGCCGUUGGCUUGGCUCUAGCCUUUGUAGCUCGUUUAGUUUUGGUUAAAAAAACUCAAUCAUCAGAUUCAAAGGAGCCGAUGGAAGAACCACCCCAGGUGAAACGUCGAUUCACCAUGAUCUCAACUGAAGAUGACAUUCCAGUGGAUACUGAGCAACAGCUAGAUGACGAAGUGGAAGAUGAGUAUUCAGAAGACGAAGGGGAAGAAGAAGAAGAAGAGGAUGAUCCUGAACUCCAAUAUUCUGAGGAGAUAGAAGAAGAGGAUGAAGACGACGAGAAUGCACGCAUUGAAAAAAUCACUCCCGAUACAUUUGAACAAUUGAAUGCUAUGUAUCGUUCGAAACCUCCCGAACCACCAGCUGCCCCGUUAAUCCCUGAAAAACGGAUUGAGCCAGUAGUUGCUAAACCUUCGGAUGCAGCCCCAUUAAGCCGGCCACCGAUUCAUCCUCCUGCUAAGGAGGAGCCGAAAAAGAUAGUUUUCGAUGAUACACCCAAAGUGAGUUUCAUCCAGCCCCCCAUCCCUACUGCACCACAACGUGAUCGCAGUCCGAAAAGCUAUGAACAGCAAAAAGAAGAAGUGGCUAAUGAAGAUAUUGAAGAAGACGAAGACAUUGAGGAUGAGGAAGAAGAGUAUGACGAUGAGGAGGAAAUUUAUAGUGGUAGUGAAGAAGAUGCUGAUGAAGAUAUAUCAGACGUUGAUGACAAUGAUUUAAUGCGAAGAUUGGAGGAGAAAUAUGGAAAGUUACCAGAUCAACAGUAUGAUAGCGACGAGGAAGAAGAAUCGUGGACAAAAGUCCGUGGCCCGCAAUCAUUUAUGGAUGACGAUAGCUUCCUUGAUGAAGAGAUCCGACGAGCGAAUGAAGAACUUUUCAAUGAUAAUCUCAAACCUGCCCUGCAAAUAUUCGAUUCCUUGAUCCUUAAAUUCCCUGGACAUCCCGGAGCACUCUACGGCAAAGCAAAAGUUCUCGACAGAUUGUCAACAAAAUACAAGAAUAAUCAGAUGUUGCAAGAUGCCAUUGAAGCUUAUCGUGUUGUGCUUAAGUUGGAGGAUAAAGCUGAUGACAAAAUCUAUAGGGAGGCAGGCGAACGGUGUGUGCAACUUUUGCGAUUCGGAGGAAUGCUGGCACAAGCUGUACCUAUACAUCGGAAUCUUAUACGGAGAUUCCCUAAUGAUCCGGAAGUGCGAAAUCAGCUGGCUGUUACGUACCUAAUGCAAAAUCGAUAUGCUGAAGCAAAAUACAUCCUCCACCACACACUUAUGCGAUGGCGUGACAAUGGAUUCGCUCAAGUUCACUAUGGUUUUAUUCUAAAGGUUCAUGACAAUGAUCUCAAAAGCGCUGUUGCGCUUUUACGAGAAGGAAUUGCCUCCGAAGCAAAUGGAACGCAAGAUGGACGUUUUUACUUUACACUUGGAGAUGCCCUUUAUCGUUUGGGAGAGAAAGAGGAAGCAAUGGAAGUAUAUAAGAAAGGGGCAGACUUGAAACUAUUCCCCUCCGCACUUCAACGUUCGCUCUACAAUGUCAAUGGAUUGAAAGCUCAACCGUUUUGGACACCCGAGGAAACAACAUAUGAAAAAGAACUAUCUAUUCUACAACGUAAUUGGGAGCUGAUACAAAAAGAGGGACUAACAGCGAUGAAAAUUCCAGGGUAUUAUGAAGAUGAAGCUGAAAGUUUGAGGGAUAAAGGAAACUGGAAGCAAUUGGAGUUGUUUGCUCGAGGAUACAGAAUUGAGAAGAAUUGUGCUAAGACUCCACUCACGUGUAAUAUAAUUGAAACGUUCCCGGCUGCAAGAACAUGCAAACGUGGUCAAGUGAAAUUCAGUAUUAUGCAACCUGGAACUCAUGUUUGGCCCCAUUGUGGUCCUACGAAUUGUCGAUUGAGAGCACAUUUAGGUUUGGUGGUACCACCAGGAGCCAAAAUUAGAGUUGGAACUGAGGAAAGAACAUGGAAAGCAGGCGAAUGGCUUAUUUUCGAUGAUAGUUUCGAACACGAGGUAUGGCACAAUGGAAUUAGUCCACGACUAGUACUUAUUGUAGAUGUCUGGCAUCCAGAGUUGACUGAAGAUCAACGAGAGAAUCUAAGUCGUAUAUGAAUUGCCAAAUAAUGGACGCUGGCAAUCUCACAUACUCUUCCUAUUUUCGCGCCAAAGCAAUAUUACUUUUAAUAUUUUAGAAUAGUUCCCUAACUGUGAGUGGGAAAACUAAUGUCGAACAAAUAAAUAUACUCGAAUAUGUUUAUGAAAAAAAUGAUUUAGAAAAUCUGUGUGAAUACAAAGUUUGGAAUGUAGUAUACGAGGUAAUACUAUAUGUUUUCGUUUGUGAUUAAAGUUGUUUGAAACGUAAUACAGAAAAAUAUAUAUAAAAAAGUUGAUUCGUUGUUGAAACAACAAACAAAUUUAAGGAAAAAAAAUCUUUUGUAUCUCAAAGUUUAUAUUUUUGUAUGAAUGACUUUUAAAAUAAAUAAGACGGAUCCGAUUUUUUAAGAAGA